AUGCCCUCGAAGGGGUCGCGCGACAGGAAGUGUCUGUUCUGUGAGAGGAAAUUCGUCAAGGCGGAGCAUCUCCACCGCCACCAGCGGGCUCAUACCGGGGAGAAGCCGUUCAAAUGUAGUUAUUGUGGUCGCGAAUACGGACGGAGUGACGUCUUAAUGCGACAUGUUCGCAACCAUCAUUCUGACGACGGACAGCAAAGCACCUUGCGGCCUGUGGCGUCUGGCCUGGGCGAAGGAGCGACAGCGGGGACGAAAGCUCUAGACGCACCAUCAUCGCCCUACGAUGUGCCGCCGGCAAGCUUGAUGCAGACACCACUCCCCGGCGAGGGCGCUCAACACCAGGGAGGGGCAGCUACGCAGGCUCGAUCAAACGGCCCGGCAUUGCAAGCGGUCCCAUAUCCACCUGACUCCGGCGGUCCUGUUGACCGUAGAGUCGCCGACCCGUUCGACGCAGUCCAGAGCUGGUUAGAGCCUCCCGACUUGUCGUUGGGCCUGAAUAUCUGGGAUGACCUGCCCCAGUUUGGAUUCGGGAGCAUUCCGGGUGGCUCGACGCUGGGUCUUUCACCUUCAUACUCUCGAGUACUCGUCCGGUCGCCGCCCACAGACGAUAUAUCUGACGAAAGGUAUGCAAAGAUUGCGAGCUUGUGGCCGAUGAAGAAGCAGACGCCGCGACGUUUGAUCCAGACUCUCUGGCGUGAUGUCUCUUCUUACCCGGAAGACAACAUAUUCUCACAGCCGAUGGAAGCAGUGGACGAAGAAAGCCUGUCCUCACGGACUCCCUCUCGGAAAGGAGAAUCACGAUGGGGCUUGGACGAAGCUAGGAGGCUAAGGCUGGUAGAAGAUUGUGCGCCUCUUCAUUCGCAGCCUCGUUCAAGGCGAAAGUCGAAUGGCGACGCCGCAAUCAGCAACCAUAGUAGUGCGGCAGAGAAUGCGAGUGUCGACAGCUGCGGAUCUGCCAAAUUUCCGUCGACACAGAUCUUGGAUAUCAGCCUGGACAUCUAUUUCCGGAGAUUUCACCACCUGAUGCCUUUCAUCCACGAGCCAACCUUCUCGGCCAAACAGACGUCGAGCAGUCUUCUCUUUCCCAUGUGCCUUAUGGGACUGACGCUCCUGGACUCUGUGCGAGCGAAAAGAUUUGUGAGCGCUCAGUUGGUUGAUGCUAUCGAACGGUGCAGGCGAGACCUGGUCUUGAGUUCACGGCACGGCGGUCAAAUGGGGGAACUGUUGACUGCGCUGGCGGCUGCGUCUCUGCUACUUACCGUCGCCUGCAUCAGUCCCAAGCAAGCUCUAGCAGAGCACUCUCGCCUUCUCUACAGCGAGGCCAUCACGGUCGCUCAACGGCACGGACUGUUCUUCCCUCAAGAAGGCCAAGAGCUCUCGUCAACCAUUUUCAGUAACCUGGCUGGCGACACGGCCAAGUGGAAAGCGUGGACGAAAAUCGAGUCAGUCAAGAGAUUGAUCGUAUGCUUGAUCAUGUCGGAUUCCUUCUUCUCCGCUUUGGACGACCACAACCCGAUCAUACAGACCGAGGCUCUACACUUCUACUUUCCCUGCAAGAACGAGCUGUUUCAAACCCCGACAGCGAAGCGAUGGAUCCAGCUGGUCAAUGCCGGCGCUGCGACAGUCAUGCCCUGGAUGACACCUCAACUGGAAACCGCUGUUCUUCCUCCACCGCCCGAUGCCAACACCUUGGGAUUCUUCGGUCUGUUUUCCACAAUUUGGGUACGGAUCGCCGAGGCGAAACAUCGACACACAUCCUUGACGUCAAACGCCUCAGGCCUUUUGAUUCCAGCUGACGUCUUCGCCCACGAUGAGCACGCGGCUUCUAUCGUCCCCCUGUUGCGGAAAGUGUGGAGGACAUAUGGCCCAACGAUGGGAUUCAUCAAUCCGAACUGCGAGGCCUUCUGGCACCACUUGAACAUCUCCAUGACCGCAGAUCUGGGUCUCUUUGAACUGGCCUCUGGCAGGGAAGGGGCAGAAAGCGCGAAAGGGGCGCUCGACGCUAUCGCAACGUGGUCUCAGACCAGCGCCGCACGGCGAGCGUGUGUCCACGCGGCACAGACCUUUUUGAUCAUGUCCAAACGUCGACCCAUAGACGGUACGUCGUACGAAGCGGAAAUCGCUCUCGUCCAUGCGGCACUGGUGCUCGGCCUGUACGUCUUUGUGAUGCCCCAAGACGACCCCGACACACGUCCUCGUGCUCUCGAGGACAAGCACGCCGAGCCGUUUGAGCUCCUGGACAAUGUGGACUGGAACCUCGUGGCGGAGGAGGGUUUCAACAGCUACACCACCAACAGACCAGAAACCGAUGUGCUCUUGUCUUCAGCGAUAUGCCCGGCGAGAGACUUCAUCCGCGCUGGCGGACCCAUCUCAUUUUCCGGAGUCGUGCAACACGGCGGGUACGCUUUCGCACGACGGAUCCUGCUCGAUUAUGUGUAUUUGUUGGAGGAAAACGGGACGCGAUAUAACGUGAUGGAGUUCUGCCACAUCUUGCGCAUUUUGAGCGACGCAUUGAUUGAUCUCGACUCUGCGGGAUCAGAAUGA